UAAAACAUAACCUCUCUCAAGUCUAAACUAGAAAGAUUCACUAUACAUCAGCCAAUGAUCACUAAGUUCACUACUAGAUCAGCCUCCUUCUCUCAGUCUCAACAAAAAAGAUGUAAAAAUAAUUGAGUGGGAAGCUUAAUCAUGUCUGAGUUUUGGGAGAUCUGGUGUUUUAUGCUCCAAGAAUUCCGAUUUUCUUCAAUGGAUUCUUUGGAAACUUUUGUGAAAAUACAGAGAGUUGCUUAAUUUCGGUCAUUUGUUGUCUGAAUUUGCUCAAAAUUUUUGUGAGCUUCAAUUUUGGUGGCUCUCAUUGUCAUUUGUUGCUUCAAUUAGUAACUUGCAGUUCCAGAUCCCAAGUCUAUAAUAUGGGGCAAGUGCCUGAAUUUCACGGACCUUAUGGCUCUCAAUUGCCUGAAAAUUAUCGCAUAGAACUUAAAGAUGGUAGACAUAUUACAGAAUUAAUAAUAAGGCAUCACAACAUUGUCGAUGGAAUAGGUUUUGUGAUAGCUACACCAGAGGGGGGUACCAGCUUUGAGAAGCUUGGUGGCAAUGGCGGAAAGGAAUCCAAGAUUGUAUUCAAGGAUGGUGAGUCCAUAACAAGAAUUAGUGGGACUUAUGGAUAUUGUAGAUUCCGGAAGGAAGACGAGGUUUCCUCACUCAAGAUACACACCAAUUUAUGUCCAGAGGGGUACGGACCAUUUGGAAAAUCAAUGGACGUUGAAGCUGCGUAUGAAUUUUCAUCACCAGACCUUAGUGAUAGCCUUAUUCUCGGAUUUUUUGGAACGCACAACAAUUUUCUCUUGUCCAUCGGAGUCAUCUCGAAAAAGAGGCAAGUUAUUAAAAGAAAUGGGCCUUAUGGUUCUCAGUUGCCACAAAACUAUGACAUGCAACUUGAAGAUGGUGAACAUAUCAAAGAAGUAAUAAUAAGGCAUGGGCUCAUUGUGGAUGCAAUUGGGUUAAUGAUAGCUAAGUUGGAUGGGGGUACCACAACUAAGAUUUUUGGUGGCAAUGGCGGAAAGGAAACAAAGAUUAUUCUCAAGGAGGGUGAAUACAUAACAAAAGUUAGCGGAAAACAUGGAUGCGAUAGAGACUCAAAACAAUGCAUGGUUGUCAUGUUGAAGAUACACACCAAUUUUUUUCCAAAAGGAUAUGGACCGCAUGGAUUAGGAGGACAAGUUGAUGAUUUACAUGAUUUUUCAUCGCCACUCUCAACUGAUGGACCUAUUGUCGGAAUUUUCGGAAGGAAAAGCAAUUAUCUCGAGUCCCUUGGAGUUAUUACCAGAAGUAAGGAUUCACAGCGGCAAGUGAUUGAGUCCUACGGACCUUAUGGUUCUAAGUUGCCCAACAACUAUAGCAUGCAACUUAAAGAUGGCGAACGUAUAAGUGAAGUAAGAUUAUCUCAUGGAUGGCUUAUAGAUGCAAUAUGGUUCGUGAUAGCUAAGCCAGGAGAGGAUACCACUACUGUAAUGUUCGGUGGCAUUGGUGCAGACCAAUCCCAGAUUGUACUAAAGGAUGGUGAGUACCUAACAAGAAUUAGUGGUACAUGUGGAUACAAUCCUUCACGGAGUGUAGAAUGUAUUUCAACAUUGAAGAUACACACCAACAUAUGUCCGGUAGGAUAUGGACCAUAUGCACUAGGAUUGGAUGUUCCUAAUCCAUUUGAUUUUUCAUCACCACGCCUAAUUGACGGCCCUGUUGUUGGAGUUUUUGGAAGACGUGGCAAGGUUCUAGAGUCCAUUGGAGUUCUAGUGAAAAAGGGGCACGUGAUCGAGUCUUACGGGCCCUAUGGUUCUCAGAUCCUUCAAAACUAUCGCAUGCAACUUAGAGCUGAUGACCGUAUUAGUGAAGUAAGAGUAACACAUGGAUACAUUGUGAACGCAAUUGAAUUUGUGAUAGCUAACCCACACAUAGGUUCCACCAUUGUGAAGUUCGGUGGCAAUGGGCAAAAGGAAUCCAAGAUUGUACUCGACGAUGUUGAGUUCAUAACAAGAGUUAGUGGGACGUAUCCAUACGAUAGAGAUCAAAAGCAAGAAGGUAUUGCCGCAUUGAAGAUACACACCAAUUUAUGUCCAGAGGGAUAUGGACCAUAUGGAUUUGGAAUGGAAGUAGAUGAUAUACGUGAUUUUUCAUCUCCCCUCCUAAACAAUGGCCCUAUUGUUGGUGUGUUUGGAACGCAUGGCGAGAAUCUCGAAUCGAUUGGAGUUCUCUUGAAAAAGGAUUUCCCAUCCUCUUAAUUAUGACAUUAAAGUUUAUGGUUCCCUACAAAAGCCUCCGACUUUCAGCAAAAAUGCAACGGUAUGCAUGAUGAAUCACUAUUAUGCCUGUGGUAUGGACUCGCAAGUGCAAUAUAUAAUCAUGUUUGUCACUAUAAAACUUUGCGCAUUUGAUAUUUAUGGUUUAUGUAUUAGUAGAUACUUUAAAAGUUGAUAUAUUGAACAUGUACAUUGACACUAAUCUAACAAAAUUUCAAAGUUCGGCAAA